AAAGGGUCUCAUUAACGUUUGACACACAGAAGACGCUGUGACUCAGUGUUUUAGUGAGUCUUUUACAGAUCAGAGAUGUCUCAGACUGUUUCUGAACAUGUGAGCUACGCUAAGGAGAGAGGAGAGUGCAUCGAGAGGGUGAUGGAACUCUACGAGAACACAGACGCUGUUAGACAGCACAACCCCAAAACAGAGACGGAGGACGCCAGCGCGAAGACUCAACACACAGGACUGACCACUGUAGGGGACCGAUGUUACAGACUGGCUGUUGCGUGUGUGCUGCUGCUGUGUGUUCUCCUGUUGGUUGCUGCUACAGUGCUGUGGAUCAAAUUCAGCAUCCUGAAUAGAGAAAAACACCAGUUACAGUCCACAUAUGAUUUUCUUCUAAUAGAGAGAGAUCAGUUGCAGAAAAGUUACAAAAAACUGAUUUUUGACAUUGAUCAGUUACAGAUAAGUUACAUGAAAAUGACUUUAGAGAGAGAUCUGUUGCAGGCUAGAAACAACAACCUGACGAAAGAAAGAGAGGAGCAAUGGGCCACAAUUGAGAUCCUGAAGAAUGAAAUUGACCAGCUACAGAAGACGAAAGAUGAACUUCAGAGAAAGCUGAAUGCCUCAGAAGCACAGGAACAGGGGAGAUGGACAAGCUUCAAAUCCAGUUUUUACUACAUCCCUGCAAAGAACUGGAAUGACAGCAGACAGGACUGCAUAAACAGAGGAGCAGACCUUGUGAUCAUAAACAGCAAAGAAGAACAGGACUUCAUCACUAAACAGCUGGGCGGUAGUCGGGCUUGGAUUGGUCUGAGUGACAUUGCCACAGAGGGAGAGUGGAAAUGGGUGGACGGUACACCACUGACCACUAUGUACUGGCGCACUGGGGAACCGAACAAUGCUAAUGAAGAGGAUUGUGCUGAGAUUUUUGAGCCUCAUGAUACAAAAUGUUGGAAUGACCAGAAGUGCUCUGAUUUAGCACCGUGGAUCUGUGAGAAAAAAAGUGGAUCUGGUUAGUAAAAAGUGCACAGAGAGUCAGGCUGUACGCCAGAAUUUGGAAGGUGAAGAGUUAUGAUGAGCUGCUCUCAUAUAUGUGUGUGUGAUGCUGUUUAUACACUUGAAAUGUUAUCAGUACAUCAGGUUUGACUUUCUGGAUGUUUCUGCAGCACCGUGGUUGAGACACUCAUUUAAUAUAUACAGGGAAUUUGAAUAUACUUAGCACAAAUAUUAAUGUGUUACUGUUAAUGUGAAGAGUUGUUUAUAUCAGGGUAACUGUGAGAAUGUUGUUUUUCAUUUCAGGUGUGCUUUUCCUUUAACUUUUUUUUGAACAAAAAUUCUACAAAUUACAGAUGUCUGUCAAUCAUAACUUCUUCUUGAUUAGUGAUACUUUCUUUUUUUAUAUAUAUAGUAUAAUGUACCUUUUUUUCUCAAUCUAAUGGUGUGUCAUGGAUUAUUAAAAUCGCCUGUGUGUAGCUGCCACAUUUAUCUUGAGUAGAAAUGUCUGAUAUUUCAUCCUGCUUUUCAUUUGCUAUUAUGAUUCAUUCAAAUAAAGACAAUGUUUUUUGUUAAUUUGAUGCACACUCCUGUAAAGAAAGUAUGGUCGUGAUUUAAAUGAUAAGCUGACUGAGCACACAUCUACAGCUCACUUUAAGUGUUGAGCGUAUUGACAGCGCAAAACAUAAAUUUUCAGUGUGACAUAUUGUGGCUAGUGCGACCAGUGACGCUGGACUUAAUACUGCUCCUUGCACAAGUCGGUACUAUGGUACUACUGAUGUGUGCAGUUUCAGCAUUAAAUCCUCACUAUGUGUACAUAACCCAACUCGACUCAACUGAUUACAGCCAUGUGUGUCUGACCUAUGACCUUUAAGCGA